AUGGCGGCCGAGGUGGAUUUCGGGGAUCGCGAGCUCUUCGAGCAGCUCGAGGGGGAGGACGGGCCGCCGCCGCCUCGCCUCAAUGCGGACGAGGAAGAGGAGGACCGCGAGGAAGCUUUCUCAGAUCUGCAGAAGCGGCUGCGGGGCUGCGAGGAGACGGUGCGGCGGCUGCGGGAGGAGAAUAUCCUGACGGGAUUGGCGGGGCCUGCGGCGGGCGGGGACGGGGGGCUGCCAGCCGCCGCCGGAUCCCUUCCGGGCCAGGCUCCGCGCCCUGCGUUGCUCCCGCGCAGCCCUUGAUGCCGGGCGCGGGGCCGUGAGGGGCCGCUGCCCGCAGUUCUCCUCGCGUUCAGCCCCGGGCGCUGCUCCCGCCACUCGGGGACAGUUUUCUCUCACUGCAGCCUCAGUGUGCCCUUCUCUUGGCUACGGGGCAGUUGAGUUCUUGGGUGCUGGAACAGGUUAAAACGCUUAGCGUUGCACUUCUUUCUGCUUUCGUGAAGAAAAGGAAUCUGUUUUUAACAGAAAAAAAUUUAAACUGCCAAA